AUGGCUGCUGCUUGUGGAUUGUUCUCCCGUUGGGCUCGAAAGCCCCAUCCGCAACAAGGACGGGAACAGCGUCGUCGUAAACAUACUGCCGCAACACUCGUAUCAUCUGGAGAGGAUACUGACGAGAGUUCUUCAUUGCGGAAGCCUGUCGCGGUAGACGAAAAGGAGUUUGCCACUGUCUACCGCCGCUUCUCUCCAAGCGACGAAUAUGUCGACCCCGGCUUGUUGAAAAAACACUCGGAUUAUCUUUCCUACACCACAUCCGUCACCACCUAUCCAUCCAUUAGGACUUUCUUCUCCCCGCAUCCCCAUAUGAGCAAACUCCCGUCCAAACCUACGCCAGUGCCUAUGCUUGUGUUCGUCCAUGGACUAGGCGGUUCUCUCGCACAAUUCCAUCACCUACUAACUAGUUUGUCGAACGUUGGACCCUGCUUCGGAAUUGAUUUACCUGGAUGCGGCCUCUCGAAAUUUUCACCUACAUCAUGGAAGGCUUAUUCAAUUGAAGCUUUGGCAGAAUUACUUGCAGUUGCCAUUGAGCAACAUCGUGAUAAGGAUGCCGGUCAGGGAGUGAUCCUGAUUGCACAUAGCAUGGGCUGCUCGCUGUCGGCACUACUCGCCUCGUCCACUUCUCCUGUGGUUACUGCCUUACAACCACAAAUUCAAGGCGUAAUUGCCAUCUGCCCCAAAGCCUCACCACCAACAUCUAAAGAAGCUGCUCUCUUCCGCAAACUGCUUUGUAUUCCUACGCCAAUUUUUGACCUGUGGCGUCUUUGGGACCGUCGAGGUGGGAUUCAUAGCAAAAGUGUCACCCGUUUUGUCGGUAAAGAUGCCGACCCCGACACCAAACAGUUACAAGUGCGGUUUAAUUCGCAAAGUCGAAGUGCAGUCUGGAGAAGAAUGGCCUGGGGUACCCUACCCACAUUUGAAGGAGAGAGACCGAUUGGCGGUAUGCCAGGCCAGACGGUCUGGGCGGGCAUCCAGGCACCGCUUUUGCUAAUAGCCGGAGAAGCUGACACAGUAACAAAGCCCGCAGAAGUUGAGAAGAUCUUGAAGUUUCUCGAAGACCCGAAUACAACAUCUAUAACAAACGGAGACUCGAAGAAUGCGGUCAUUCCUGACGCUGCUCGAGUUCAAGAUUCGAAGGAAGGCGUUUUUGUUGACCCCCGCGCCCAUGAGGAAGCUUAUGGGGUUGACACAUUGAAAAGCGAAUCUAAAGACGCCAAGUCUAGCCAGGGGAAAGUUGUCAAAACUAGAAUCCUGCCAGAUCCAGCUUCUCACGCUUUGCUAUAUGAUCGUGCCACUUACCGAACACUCGCCGGCUUGAUCCAGGACUUUCUCCAAAAGCACAUUGACCACCGUCUGAGUCUAGGGUGGCAGCUUCAACAUCUUAACACCUCUGGGAAGUGGGAUGUGAAGAACCUGGUCAAGUGGCAGAAAGUCGCUCCUACCUCCAGUCCCAUAGCGGACACCUUCAUUGCCAUGAAGAUGCUUCGUGGAGUGGACGAGGAGCACAACCCAGUUCGUUUUUCUGCACAAUGGAAAGGCAAGAUCCAUGCCGUAAUUGACAUUAGCCAUGAAAAUCCAGUCUAUGAUCCGAAUGAGCUGGAAAAUGGAGGGAUCCACUACCAUAAACACCCAACAGUGUCCAAAAUCCCACCCACGCCGGAUGAAACCCGGGACUUUAUUGGUCUAGUCGACCAAUUGGAGAAGGAAAUCUCCGAAACGAUGAAGAAGCGUGUGGACGAGGCUACAACACGUCCGCUGGUCGGAGUACAUUGCCAUUACGGCUUUAAUCGAACGGGAUUCCUCAUAACCAGCUACCUCAUCGAGAGGAAAGGCUUCAGUGUGCAAGAUGCUGUGGACGAAUUCGAAAAGUGUAGACCACCCGGCAUUCGACACGCGCAUUUCAUAGACACAUUGUUUGUUCGGUAUUGUGUUGGGCUCAAGCGAAGCACAACUUUGGAAUGA